CUCUGACUCACUGGUGCACAAUCCUACAAAGUUCCAAGCUUGAAACAACAGUCAAAAUGACAGAUUUGGAGACUAGUAGUUUUAGUUUCGUUUUUGUCGGACGCAUGGCACGUUUCUUGCAAUGACAAAUAUCAUUUGGCACUAUCAAAAACAGUAAGGACUUGGGUCCUUUUCAGCAAAUGGGAUUUUGCUUUCUUAUAAUUAUUUGAAGUCCUGACCGGAUUAAGAAAAAGGUCUCAGCUGCAUCUGCCAGAGCUCACACCACAGCUAACAGUGUCAAAUCCAGAUCAUUUCCAGGUCCUGAACCAAUUAGUCAUUAGGUUUUAAUUUGUAGCUAACUUUCCUACUUUGGCUGCUGCUGUUGCUUCCUUCCUGUUCUGCUGUAGUUCUAGUAGUGUUGGCUGAGGGAAGUUUCAUUGAUCCCCAAAAAGUGGAUUGCAAUAGACAGAUAUUUGUCUGCAUUAAGGACAUGGUUGCAUUAUCUAAAUUUCACAUAUACUAUUGGAUAAAGGCUCGCUUGAUUAUGUAGGGUUUAUAAUUUGAAAAUCACCCAUGUUUUAAGCACGUAAGCAAUCAGCUUCCCUUUAGAUCCCCUUAUUCCGUGAAUAGCCAGCUGGCUGUAUUUUUUCCAGAACUUGAAAUCAAUCCGUCUGUUUGGCUCUGUAUGUUGUGGCCUGCUUUCAUUCCAUCUACUUUUUUCUCAAGAAAAAAACAUAGAAACUUAGAAGCACAAAACAAUGGCUGAGGAUUUCCCCAUUAUUAUUCUGUUAAAGUGAUACUGUUACCUACGAAUUUUUGAAGAACCCCAGGAGCCAUAAGCACGUUUUGCUUACCAUUUUCUCUAUUCAUACGCUUUCAACGUUCCCUAUAUUUUCAACUUGCUUUGGAUGAAUAUGAAACCGGGUAAAAAUCUUCCUCUUUCUUGAAUUAUGUGAUAUGAUGGAUUUAUGGUGUUUUCUCCCUUUGCAGCAAUGAUUGCCCCUAUAGCGGUAGCUUUGACAGUGGGCCUCCUGGGAUGGACUUAUCGAGCAUUAAAGCCGCCCCCUCCAAAGAUAUGUGGCUCACCCGAUGGACCUCCUGUCACUUCUCCCAGAAUUAAGCUCAGUGAUGGGAGGCAUUUGGCUUACAGGGAAGCUGGAGUUCCCAGGGAAGAGGCUAAGUACAAAAUAGUUGUCAUUCAUGGCUUUGGCAGCUCCAAAGAUCUGAAUUUACCUGCGUCUGAAGAACUUGUAGAGGAACUCAGGAUCUAUUUCCUUUUCUUCGAUAGAUCAGGUUAUGGAGACAGUGAUCCAAAUCCAUCACGCUCAGUGAAGAGUGAAGCAUAUGAUGUUCAAGAACUAGCUGACAAGUUGCAGAUUGGUUCUAUGUUUUAUGUGAUUGGGAUCUCAAUGGGAGCAUACCCUGUUUACAGUUGCUUAAAAUACAUACCUCAUAGAUUGGCAGGAGCUUCUCUUGUAGUUCCCUUUGUUAACUACUGGUGGCCUUGUCUUCCUGCAAAUUUAUCAAAUGAUGCAUUCAGUAGGUUGCUUGCACAAGACCAAUGGUCAUUCCGAGUUGCGCAUUACACCCCUUUGUUGUUCUACUGGUGGAUGUCCCAGAAAUGGUUCCCUUCACUAAGCAUUCUGGCUGGAAAUAUGGCGAUUUUCAGCCAAAGUGAUUUGGAGAUCUUGAAGAAGUGGUCCGAAGCUCCAAGUGUCGGUCAGGAGAAGAUUCAGCAGCAAGGUGUUUACGAGUCGCUGCAUCGAGAUAUAAUGGUCAGUUAUGGAAAAUGGGAAUUUGAUCCCAUGGAUCUAAUUAAUCCUUUUCCAAAUAAUGAGGGUUCGGUCCAUAUUUGGCAAGGUUAUGAAGACAGAAUCAUUCCAUUUCAAGUAAAUCGUUAUCUCUCCGAAAAGCUUCCAUGGAUUCAUUAUCAUGAAGUUCCUGAUGCUGGGCACCUUCUGAUUUUUGAGAGCAAAAACUGCGAAGCGGUUUUACGGGAACUUGUGCAGAGGUAAGACCCCAGUAUAUGUACAUUAUUCGGUGAAUUGUUCAAUGUUUUGGAUGUGUUUUAUGGGAUACUUCAUUUAUCAUUUGUAAGAUGCUCUGCUAGAAAUUUAAGUGAAACCAGUAAUAUAUAUGCUAAAAUCUGCACCUUUUUGCUUCUUUUAAUCUUAGAAGGAGGAACCUGGUUUUAAACAGAAACCAAAAGUGGUUAUAUAGUCGACCAAGAUGGUUUGAUUGAGUGAUCUUGAUUAACACCCGUUCAUUUGAUAUUCAAGAAUUUGUGCAUCCACAUUAAGCUCCAACAUCGUAGUGUCAAUCAAUGUCUAUUGAUUGUUUUUUAUUUGUAUUAACAGUUUUAUGUAUCAGUUUACAAUUUCAGUGUUUAUUAACAGAUAUUUUAUGAAAACAGUAUCAGGAGUAUAAAGUUUAUUUCAAA